GAUAGGGCUUUGGGAGGGUUUUAUACCCUCUUCUUCUCUUCUUCGCCGGGGGCCUGCCAGGAGGCCUCUCAUUCGUGCAACCCACGAAAUGAAAUGACUAUCGCCAUCACUGAUUCUUACAUCAAAACUCUAAACCUUAAUUCUACUUUUCUUCUCACUCGCCAUGAAACUCCUCACUCUAAGAACCAUUCUCUUCUUCUCUUAUUCAUCAUCUUCAACUGCUCUCUUCUCGCACGGCUGCACAAUUCAUCGAGUGCAUCAUUACUCAACUUCUUUACCUCACAAUUCCAUCCUAUCUUCUUCUUCGAGGCGCCAAGACGAAGAGUCUCGAAAUGUGAGGGUCUCUGUGUGGUGGGACUUCGAGAAUUGUAGCAUCCCAGGUGGCGUGAACGUGUUCAAAGUUGCGCAUAGCAUUACCGCUGCUAUCAGGGCCAAUGGAAUUAAGGGACCCAUUCAGGUCACGGCCUUCGGCGACAUUUUUCAGCUCUCCAGGUUGAACCAAGAGGCACUGUCCUCGACGGGGAUUAAUCUCGCUCACAUUCCUCACGGAGGGAAGAACAGUGCUGAUAGGUCUCUUCUUGUUGAUCUUAUGUGUUGGGUUACUCAACAUCCUCCACCAGCACAUCUUUUUUUAAUUUCUGGUGACAGGGACUUUGCAGGCAUUUUACACCGGCUAAGAAUGAACAACUACAACAUAUUGCUUGCGAGUCCUGAAACUGCUCCUAAUGUUCUCUGCAGUGCUGCAAGCAUCAUGUGGCAAUGGAAUACAUUGGUUAGAGGGGAAAACCUUGCUGGGAAGCAUUUCAACCAACCUCCAGAUGGUCCUUAUAAUUCUUGGUAUGGCCAUUAUAAGGUGCCUCUUGAGGACCCCUACUCUAUUGCUGAGCAGCCGGCUUGUUUACGGGCUACUGAGUUAUCUGAGCCUGCUUCUGAGUCUAAGCUCCGUCCCAUUCCAAGAUCUGUCAUCAAGCAGAUUCGCCAAAUAUUAUCUUCAUACCCAAAAGGAAUGUCCAUUACAGAACUUCGUUCAGAAUUGGCAAAAAGUAAUGUGAAUCUAGAUAAAGAUUUGUAUGGGUAUAAAAAAUUCUCUCGCUUUCUUUUAUCGAUGCCUCACAUUUUAAAGGUUCAAUUUGGAAGUGAUGGCCAGUAUUUUGUACGUGGCCCCAUCUCUAAAACUCCUGAACCAGUUGUAGCCCCUUCAAAUAUAACUGCACAGCCUGUUAGCAAUAAUGGGGAUCCGGAUGUAUAUGUAGCUUCAAAUUUAAAUGGUGGGCUUAGUUCUAUUUCUAAAUCUGCUGAUGGGAAUUUCUUGUCAACAGUGCAACCAUCUGAACUUAAUGUGAAAGGGACUCCUGCAAAAGUCCAAAAUCCUCCACUUGAUAAAAAAGUUGCUGAUGAGAAAAAUUCGACUGUAGCUGACGAUCAUCCACCUCCUGCAGAGGAACAUGAUCCUACUUCUGAAACAGGCUUUUUCCUAAAAUUCUCAAGAAAAUGGUUUGUUGGUAAAGCAAAUAGCUCUGCAAAAACUUGUAGCAUUCCAGAAGAAUGUCAUGCUUCUGGUGCUAGCUCUGAAAACACAAAAUCUAACAAAAGAUGUGAGAAAUCAUUAAGUUCUUGUUCUAAGCCAGUGCCUCCAGCUUCAAACACUUCAUCCAAUGAUGGAUCAAUUCUGGACAACAGAGACAUUAAGAGUUCUGAAGUAUGUGGUGAUAAAUCUGGAGCAAGUGCAGGUUUCUUCUGUUGGAUUAUAAAAUUGUGCAAAUUUUGGAGUAGUGGCUUGGCCUCUGAAAUCUCAAGUGAUGAUACUGGAACAAAGUUAAGCCACACAAACAAUCAUUCUGGAAAGCAUGAACUUUUUUCUGUGGAGACUUUUUGGAGGGACAUGGAAUCAUAUCUAGGCACACACAAAGGAUCAGGCAUUGUUUCCCAGUCCAGGACCAGGGAACAAAUGGCACAAGAACUGCAAAAGGAAGGGCCUUUGGUUCUCAAAUCUCUCAGUGGAAGUGAUCUACUUCACUUGGUGGAAUUGUUAGUUUCAGAGAAGAAAUGGGUGGAGGAAUGUCCCUCUCAAAAUUUGCCUUUCAAGCUCACUCGACCAGUCAGAAAAAGUUCUUGUUUGGGUCAUGAUGGUUCAAAUGGUUUGAGAUCUAUUUUUUUGAAUAAACGGCCACCAUCUGACUUUCAGAGAGUUACAGAAGAAGGGCAGAAAAAGUAUCAAAAUCUUCAUCAUUCUGGAGUUUCUCCAUCCAUAGUCAACAAGAAACCUUCAGACAGGUCUAGGAAUGAGAUUUUAGCUGAUUGUGAGAUGCUUGUGGCUGAGCUUUUGAAGGAGCACCCGGGAGGAUUUAAUCUGGCUGCCUUUCGGAAACAGUUCCUUCAGAAGUAUGGCUAUUCUCUGGAUUACGAAAUGCUUGGUUACCAAAAAUUAGCAUCCCUCUUGCAAAUAAUGCCUGGGGUGAGAAUAGAGUCAUCUUAUGUUGUUCCGUCCAUCAAAGCCUCAAAAGAUUCCAGCCUGGAAAUUUCAGUUCAUAGUACUCUGGAGAAUAAUGCCACUGGUAGUGUAACCAGUUCAGAUAGUGAAUCAUCUGAUACAUCAAGGAGAGAUAAUGAUCUCGACUCUCCAUGGGAAGAGCUUGGACCUGUUGCAAGUUCAAGUUCCAAUGGAGACAAAAUGGAAUCAGGUUUGAGCAGGAAAGCUAAGGUAGAAACACUGGACCAAAAUAAAUUUGAUUAUGAAUCUGUAUCUGGUGAUGAGCUUUCAGAUUCAGAGGGGGAGACUGUAUCAGAAAGGCAAGGAAAACCUGGAAUAAAUGAUGAAGAGAGCUCAUUACUACAGAUUCUAGAUUCAUGGUACAGCAGUAAGGAAGAUAAAAGUGCAAGGGAUUACUCUGAGAAUGUUGAUGGCAUGGUUGAUUGUUCUAAAGAUGGUUCAAAGCUAUAUGGGUUAUCAAGAACUCGGCUUAAUAGUGAAACUCUAGUGAACCGUGGACGGAGGCAGAAAACUGCCAAAAGCUAUUCUUUUGUUUCAGACCCAGUUGAAGAUAACAAGGACGGGCUAAUUGAUGGCAUAUUGGGUAGCUUGAAAAAGUCGGGUGAAUCAAGAUUGCAAGGCUGAGGGUGGGGAGGGAUCUCAAAGAGAGAACAAGAAAAGGAUGCAUCUUGGGUUUUUUAUUUUUUCGUGAUUGGGAAAUAAGAAAAAAUAUUUUGGGGGUGAGUGAAAAAUAGAUGAUGACGUCCAUUGGUCUUACAUUGUGCCUGUUGCCAUAUUUCAGAUUUAGCAUUUUUUGUGGUGGCCAUGUUUGCUCUCGUUAGGGUGGCAGUGGCAAUGAUUAGUGCUAGGGAGAAGGUCAAUUUGUUCAUUUGGCCUUUUGAUUCAAUUCAAGAUUCUAUGAUAGUUUUAUGAGAAAGCAAAGUUCUUUUCUAACAAUCACGUGUACUGGUGAAAGUUUUUCUGAAUUAUGUUAGUGGUCCUUUAACUAAAAAAUUUGUUUAUUUUGCUUAAA